UGUCGAUAUUAUUGCAAGUAUGACCACGCCAGGCCAGGGCAUUCUUUUAUAACGUGAAAACCACAAACGACGCCGCAGCACUCUGCGCUACAAACAAUGUCAGGUUCAUGACCAACCCUGCUGCUGUGCAGCAUGACUCGCCAACGAGCAUGCCUUACCUGAGCCAUGCUCUAUGGAGGGGUACCGAAGCCGCCCGCUUACAGAUCUGGAUAGAUCUCCAACUUUCCGUUGCUCAGGGAGGGCAAAUUCGGUUUCAUGCCAUGCACUCACCCGGCCCAUGACUUUCCACGUUUGCAUUCCAUGGUUUUCCGUAUGAUUGACGAGCUGGCAUUCUCUUUCUUCUUUCCCGCAUCGUAUACCCAGUUGCCUUCUCGCAUUCCUUAGCAUCAGCCCAUCGUUGACCGCAACAAUGGCGAAACCGCGCUUGAUCAUCCUGAUUCGGCACGCGCAGUCCGAGGGCAACAAGAACCGAGAUGUCCACCAGUCCAUACCCGACCACCGGGUCAAACUCACACCCGAGGGACAAACCCAGGCGCGCGAAGCGGGCCGUCGUCUACGGGAGCUCCUCCGUCCUACCGACACCCUCCACUUCUUCACCUCGCCCUAUCGACGGACGCGCGAGACGACCGAAGGCAUCCUCGAGACACUCACCUCCGACGAAGAGUCCCCGUCGCCCUUUCGACGUGCGAACAUCAAGGUCUACGAGGAGCCCCGCCUGCGAGAGCAGGACUUUGGCAACUUCCAGCCAUGCAGCGCCGAGAUGGAGCGCAUGUGGCAGGAACGGGCCGACUAUGGCCACUUCUUCUACCGCAUCCCCAACGGCGAGAGCGCGGCGGACGCCUACGACCGCAUCUCCGGCUUCAACGAGUCCCUCUGGCGCCAGUUUGGCGAGGACGACUUUGCGAGCGUCUGCGUGCUGGUCACCCACGGACUCAUGUCCCGCGUCUUCCUGAUGAAGUGGUACCACUUCUCGGUCGAAUACUUUGAGGAUCUACGCAACGUCAACCACUGCGAGUUUCUCAUCAUGCGACGGCAGGACAAUGGCAAGUACCUGCUGGAAAAUAACCUACGAACCUGGUCGGAUCUCCGCCGCGAGCGCGCUCUGAAGGAAGCCCGCGAGGCAAAAGCCCCGGAACCCGACACAAGCGUGGCCGUCAUAGAGAAGGAAGACGACGGGCCUAAAAAGGAAGAUGACGGGCUUGAAAGGGAAAGUGCCCCCGUCACAUCCACCACCCUCGCCCGCAGCAAGACGUUCACCGUGACGAGGCGAUGGGGCGGCUGUCCCAACGGGUGCAACCACAGCAGCCACUACCUCAAGAAGCGUGAGGAUCUCGAACUCCUGCGCCAGCGAGACGUGGAGCAUGCGAAUGCCGCCACAGACAAGAGCUGGACCCGGACGACCGUCAGCGACUGGCGACGCACACUGAGCUCGGACGAGGAGGAUGAUACCCCGGCCAAGGGCCCGUCGCCCCUGGUGCGGACGGUGACGACAACGACGGAGGACGGCGACUCGUCGUCGCAGCGCCACACGCCUGCCUCGUCCUUGGACCCGGCCACCGCGCGGGCUUUGCAUGUGGGCCGCGACGGAGGCGGUACGUACUCGGGACAUGCGUCGACCGCUGGUAGUGACACGGACGAGAUUUCCGAGGACGAGCACAGGAGAUUCCAACGAACACGGCGCAUACCCUCUCUCAACACGCGGAUAAGGAUAGCGAAUGCCGAGUCGGUGGCCAGGGGGGAGGUUAUGAGGCUGGGCGAUGCACCAUCGAAUUCAGCGCCCGAGGACGAGCUGGGCAGGGAAGAGCAGGAUGACAGGAGCAUACAGGGUAGCGUAUACUAGUCGCCAUGUGCGUCUAUGGCAUACAUCACAUCAAGAGGAUCAGAAGCGCCUAGGC